ACAUAAUCGCGGCCCCGAGCGUCAUAGUGGCGUAGUUCAAUCCAGACCGAAUCAGAGACGUGGGGAAAUCCACGUUCCGCCCCCUCCCGCGUGAUCGACGUCCACGCGAACCAGCGAACGGCCUCUGAGCACCGGAGAGCCCGCCCCCGCGCCAGCGGCCCGCCCUCGCCCGCCCGCCCUCCGCAGCCCGCGGGCCGGCCGCCGCCGCCAGGUUGUGCCUGAGACUGUCAGAUAAAGCGGCGGGCCGGCGGGAGGGGCGGCAGCGAGAACGGCCCGGGCCGGACAUGGCGGCGCUCUACGCCUGCACCAAGUGCCACCAGCGCUUCCCCUUCGAGGCGCUGUCUCAGGGGCAGCAGCUGUGCAAGGAAUGCCGGAUUGCCCACCCUGUUGUCAAGUGCACCUACUGCAGGACUGAGUACCAGCAGGAGAGUAAAACCAAUACAAUAUGCAAGAAGUGUGCUCAGAAUGUACAGUUGUAUGGAACGCCUAAGCCUUGUCAGUAUUGCAACAUAAUCGCUGCAUUUAUUGGGAAUAAAUGCCAGCGCUGCACAAACUCAGAGAAGAAGUAUGGACCCCCAUAUUCCUGUGAGCAGUGCAAGCAGCAGUGUGCAUUCGACAGGAAGGACGAUCGAAAGAAGGUGGAUGGGAAGCUACUGUGCUGGCUGUGCACACUGUCGUACAAGCGUGUCCUUCAGAAGACCAAAGAGCAGAGGAAGCACCUGAGCAGCUCUUCUCGAGGCAGCCAUCAGGAGAAGGAGCAAUACAGCCGCCUGAGUGGUGGUGGCCAUUACAACAGCCAGAAAACACUAUCUACAUCUUCAAUUCAAAAUGAAAUUCCAAAGAAAAAAUCCAAGUUUGAGUCAAUCACAGCUAAUGGAGACAGCUUUUCCCCAGACCUGGCUCUGGAUUCACCAGGCACUGACCACUUUGUCAUCAUUGCUCAGCUGAAGGAAGAGGUGGCCACUCUGAAGAAGAUGUUGCAUCAGAAGGAUCAAAUGAUCUUAGAGAAAGAGAAGAAGAUCACGGAGCUGAAGGCUGAUUUUCAGUAUCAGGAGUCUCAGACUCGGGCCAAAAUGAACCAAAUGGAGAAAACCCACAAGGAGGUCACAGAGCAACUGCAGGCCAAAAACCGAGAGCUUCUGAAACAGGCAGCUGCCUUGUCCAAGAGCAAGAAGUCUGAGAGGUCAGGCACCAUAACGUCUCCGUGAAGACCUCGAGCUCUCAGUGAUGGCAGCCAGUAGUCCUGGGUCAGGGUUGGUGACCUGGCCGGUCUCUGGGAACUGUGCUUUCCUACAAAAUCUCUAUUUUCUUACCUUACCCUCUGUUCGGAUGUAGUGGGCUGAAUGGAAACACCUGGUCUGUGCCCUGUCACGGCUGCAUGCUGAGCGGUUAGGGUUCCAGACCUGCUCCUCUGCCUUUCCCCUCCCUCCCCGUGCUCCUCCCUCUCUCUCUAUUUUAGCACUCUGUUUUCCAUAGUGGUCACUUCUCAGUGUCAUGUGCAGAGUGUCUGUCCACCGUCACCUGCCGUCCCCACGAGCACGUCGUCUGUCGUCAGCUGUACAUCACUGCCCCCCCAAACCUCCAAAACUGCCCCCUUGAGACUUCGUGCAGUGAGGGAGGCUUUUUCUCACCAAUAAACCUUUUGCUUCAGGGUAUGCUCUUGGGUUUUUCCAGGUAUAUUAUUAUGUAUGACCUUUGUACUAUGUAUAGACAGAGUUUUAUUUAUUUUUUAAAAAGGAAACCUUUUCUUGGUAAAGGAAUGCUGGUAGCCCAGCUAGUCCUGUAACAGCGACGCCUCUUUGAAAAGAAAAACUCCAGUCCCGUUUGCUAGCUUUUAGUAAGAGAAAUCCAAUCUUUUCUUUCUCAUUACCUUAGAGGCUUGAUGCUAAGGUAACUGGAGGCGUCUGUGGAGCUAAGUGCCUUUUGGAGGAUGCCAUGGAAGAGCGCGAGUGGGCAGGUGCCUAGGCAAGCGUGCUGGGUUUGGCCAGUCUGUCUUUAGUAGGGCAGAAGUCGGUUGUCCAGGUUGUACUGGACACUUCCUCCUCGACCUACCCCCUCCUCCUCCUCCUACAUAAUUUUAAAUUCCCACACUGCCACUUCUUUUUUAAAAAUAUUCCUGUUUCUUGCUACAUCAGCUAUCAUAGCAGGUUGUUAUCAAAACAUGAUUUUUUGUUUUUUAACAUGAGUAGAUUCAAGCGGGAUAAGAUUUGAACUACUUGUGUGUUUCCGAGGGUCAGUAUGGGGUGCUUGGGUGCGGGCUGUACGGUGGGGAGACCCUCACCGUAUCUUCCUCUCUCUCCACCUCAUCCUGUGUGCGGAAUGUUCGAAAGCACGCACUUCUGGGAGACGAAGGGUGUGCCCUUCUCCCUGUCUGACCCAGGAAGUGUGGGAAAGAGCCGCACUCCUCCACCUUUGUGAAAGGAACUAGAGAUGGGUAGGAUGUGCUGGGACACAGCAGACCCUGCAGCGAGUGCGCUGUAGUUUGCGAUUAUGUUCUCCGGAGACGCACGCACGCACACAGGUGAGCAGAGGUCCGGUCUGCACAUGCGUGGCUCUUCCUGAAGGGACAUUCAGAGGGCCGUGUUUGUGUAUCUAUCGCUGCAUAGGGAACGCAGUUUCCCCUUCUAAGCAGGGAAAGCUGCCGUGCUAAGUCAUUUUGUAACUUUCUGAAUGAGAAACUUUCAGGUAAAGAUAAACUAUUAUACAAUAUUUUUCAAAUGCAUUUGCAUUGGCUGUGGGGCAAAGAUGGUGGAAAAAGAAUAAUAGUCAUGAUUUCUUCAACGAAAAGUAAGACUGAGAAAUUGUGGGUGUGGUGACAAUAUACAAAGGCUUAUUUAGUUUUAUACUAAACCUUUUUUUAAGGUCUUAGCAUUUAAUAAUCAGCAAACCCACACAUUUUCUAAACUACCAUGAGCUCCUGAAAGAUAGAGGAAACCUCAGUCUUGAAAUGUUGAUUUUUUUUUUUUUUUUAAAUCAUGGCAGCAUUUUACCAUGUAAUUGAGUAACUUUUGGUAACACCUUCCAUUUCUUUGUAUGUUUGUAAUAAUGGACAUUUUAAAACAUAGGAAUGUUUGGUUUGUACAGACUUUGACAAAUGUGUGUUAAUAAAAAUUCAUAUUGACUCCGA